UAGAAUUGACCGAAAAGGUCAUCACAUUUCGUUUGAAGAAUAUUUCUUGGUCACUGAUCCGUGACAAUGCAAGUCAUUCAAUUGUGUUGCUGCGGAGGAGAGUCACUGACAACAACAACUACUGUAAUCACAUUUAGUAAUGGCGGACAGCGUCGCAGAGGCUGGUGCAAGAACCUUCCUCAAAGAAAUAGCAUCUAGGCUCAGUUCCGUUAAUGAUGAAGUGGAUUUUAUUGACAUUCUAAAAAGCAUCCAUCCUCUUCUUUUUAAAGAUUCUACUCAGACAAAGUAUUUUGAAUUAGAAGUUGACUCAAAAAGGAUUUUUGUGGAAAAGUUUUAUCAAAACCUCCUGGAGUUGUUAUUGGGGACAGCGAAUUGCUCAUGGUUUGAUCGCUUCAAGAAGAAAAAAUACGAUGAUUUAAGAUCACUUUUUAUCGAGGGUCAAGCUGAAAGUGUCUUUCUAGGGCUUACGGUUGCUUUAAGCAAAGCAAAACACACAAACAUCAUAAAAGAAUGUGUUUCAUUGCUAGAAACAUUUAUAGAACAUGAAAAAUUUGCUGAAUUACUUUGGAUUCAGGCAAAAAUCUUACCAACACAAAGAACUGGAGAUAAUGACUUACAGUACUCACAUUCAGUGCAGAUUAUGUGGAAUGAACUUAUAAAGAGAAUUACAUCACUACCCGAUAAAGUUGCAAAUAUUUAUAAACUCUCCAAGACAUCUCUGCUAUGGCCAUAUGUAUAUUUUGUAAUGAUGGGGAAGAUGAUGAUAAAAGUGCUGAAAUUUAUUCAUGAUGCAAUUACAGCAUCAAAAGAUUGUUCUUUGGAAUUUCUGUCUCAGCUGUUUGGAAAGAUAUGUAUGUUAAAUCAUGGAGAUGAAUUAUACAGCAUAAUUCUACCCGAAAUGGAAAAGCUUGUUAAAACAAGCCCUCUUUGGUGUAGAAUUUGUCAAAAAUUGUUUGCAUCCAUCAAUGAAGCCUCACUGGAACCUGUAAUCGAAACUUUGUUGCUUAAAUGUAAAAGUUAUGAACUGGUAUAUCAACUUCUUGGUGAUGUAACUAAUAGAAAAGGCCGUCGACUGAACUUCCUGAUGUCUCAAAAGUUUCUCCUCUACCGGCAUUAUAAAAGGGACACAGUUCCUUUCUGUAUCAUGGGUUACUUAUCAAAGACGAACAAUGGCAAAGAUAAUUUGUUGAUAGAGACGUUAAAGAAGCUUCUAGAUACCUGGGGAGAUUCAAAUGCCUUGAAACAUACCUCUGUCGAACAUCAUUUAUACGUCACAAAAUGUAUUUUACUUGCAAUCGGAUUUCUUCGUGCAAGGUUCAAAAGUGAACAGCUCCCAGAACAACUUGGCACCGCUUUGACAAUGAAGCUACUCGAUGCCUUACCACCCCAUUUAGAGAGUCCUGUUGAAAAUUUCCGGAAUCUUGGAAUGAUUGUUGCCGAAGAAAUAACAAAAUUUUCUAAAGUGGAGGGCAUUGAACCAUUAGAAUUUGACUUUCCUAGAAAUGAGGAAGUCAACUAUUUGUCAAGCAUUGCCAAAGAUCCUUUAGUGGUCUUAAGUUAUAACAAAGAUGAAAUCGAUCAUUCGCUGAAAGUUCCCGAAGUACAACCAGCUGGAGGGCCAGUUUCAAAAGAAAGUGAAGUCGAGGCAACUACAAAGUCAGAGGCUGUGGCGAAAGAAAUGGAUUCAGAUCUUGAUAGUGAUGAUGAUCUAGAGCCAUAUUUGAUGGACGAGGAAGAUGAGUCGAUUGGCGGAGUACGUCCACCAGCCUACCUGGCUGAUUGCAUUUCUGGAUUGUUAUCCAAUGACGAUCCUGCUCGAUUUGAAGCUAGUUUAGCUGUUGCAGAAAAGCUCAUUCGAAAAACGCCUAUAGAGUUGCAAGAGCGUGCUGUGGAGCUGGUCAAAGUCCUUCUCUACCUUCAAGAUAAUUACAAUACCUCGAAUUUUGUAUUUCUUCGCCACGGAGCAAUGGUGGCAGCAGCUGUAAAAUGCCCCAAGAAGGUCAUAGAUUAUUUGACAGCAGAAUUCUACCAAGAAAACUACAAUCUGCGGCAACGUAUGGAUAUGCUUGAAGUGAUAUCAGCUGCUGCCUUGGAGCUGUCGCAACCAGUGGACACAGACCCCAAGUCACUCAGAAAACACGUGCCAUUGCCCCACGUGCCUUUGCCCCACGUGCCUGGGAUGAAGUCGUCUGAGAAGCCGGAUUGGCAGUUGGUUGUAGAAGAGAGAAUCAAAAGCAAAACCAGGAUGAUAUCUCAGGGUCGACGAAACCCCGAACCGAUUCCGGUGGCCAACAGAUUCUAUGAUGUGGCUGGCGAUUUCUUCUUCCCACUCCUAAAGAACUUUGACAACAAAUGUAAUACUUUCGAUCUUCUUGGCCAAGAUUUUGUUGUCCUUGGUAAACUUAUACAUACCCUUGGAACGAUAGUGCAAGCUUCAUCUGGUCUCAGUGUUGUGAGAUUGAUGACGUCAGCAAUACUCGACUUCACAUGGGGACUGCGAUUUCACAGGGAACCAUUUGUUCGUCAAGCUUUGCUUUAUGCUCUUUGCAUGUGUCUUCUAUCAUGCCCCGCCCACUUUCUGUUGACUGAUCUCAACUCCGAAGUUAUGGAAUGUCAUGGCUGGGUUACAGAUGUGGCGCACAAUGACGUGGACACAGACUGCCAAAAACUUGCUUUAAGGACAUUAGUUCUCUUGGACAAAGCCAUAAAGAAUGAAUUUUCAUGAAAAGGCUGUCGAAACAUUUUACGAUAUAUCUUGGUCCUGAAGGGC